CGGUAUCCUUUUGCCGGCAAGCAGAGCGAAGGUCAGUUCCGUAAAUAACAAGCUCAAUUUGGUUUUUAAUAUAAUAUAAUCUUCGACAAAAGAAAAGUAGCUGCUCAGUGAGCAAAAAAUUCUCUAAAAAACCAGUCCUCUCUUUCUCUGCUUCUGUUUUUCUCGCUGGAAAUAUUUGUCAAAUCUUCGAGUCCUUUGAGACCCAGUCUUCUUCCUCCUCCUACUAAAACCAGCACUUCAGAUUGCUACUUCUGCAAGCUAUGGGUGGUAAUGGCAAACACAGAUGGAAAAUCUCCUUCUACCGUCGCUCCAGCUCCGGCUCCAACUCCAACUCCAACUCCAAACACAAACCAGCUCAUCCUCCAAAAGAGUUCUUAUGUCCCAUUUCUGGAUCCUUAAUGUCCGACCCGGUUGUUGUCUCCUCCGGUCAGACCUUCGAGCGUGUUUCUGUCCAGGUUUGCCGCGAUUUGGGUUUCGCUCCUCCCCUCGACGAUGAGUCGAUUCCGGAUUUUACUGCCGUUAUUCCUAAUUUAGCCAUCAAAUCGACGAUUCUUAGUUGGUGCGAUAGUUCUGGCUCUGAACGCCCUAGCCCGCCGGAUUAUAGCUCCGUGGAAAAAGCCGUUCGUACGAAGAUGGAGGAAUCGAGAACUUUGAACCCUGAGAUUAGGGUCUCUGAGAAGGAGUUGCUGAAGGCUGUGUUGGAGAACCCUCCAGUUCUGUUCACGCACGCGGCGACUGAGAUGACUCCCCGACCCAAUCAUUUCUAUUCGAGCUCCUCUGAGGAAUCGGUGAUUGUCAAUAACGCGAUCGCUAGUCCGUUUACUCCAUUGCCUCUUGCCACUCGGCCGGCGUGUUAUACUUCGAGUUCUAGCUCAUCAUCUGAAAUUACAGAAGCCGAAACCCUAACCCUAAUGCAAAAUUCCAAUUCCGCCUACUCCAGUUCCAAUUCCUCACUUCCUGAAGAGGAAGGGAUUGUGGCUAAGCUUAAAAGCCCGGAAGUACACGAACAAGAAGAAGCGGUGAUUUCAUUGAGGAAGCUCACUAGAGCUCGAGAGGAAAUGAGAAUUUCUCUUUCCACUCCUCGAUUACUUACAGCUCUCCGUUCCUCGAUUGCUUCCAGAUACUGUGUCGUGCAAACGAACGCCAUGGCUUCACUGGUGAAUCUGUCGCUGGAAAAAGCGAACAAAGUUAAAAUCGUGCGGUCAGGAUUUGUUCCUUUGUUGAUUGAUGUGUUGAAAGCAGGAUCCAGUGAACCGCAAGAGCACGCUGCCGGUGCGCUUUUCAGUUUAGCUUUAGAAGACGAGAACAAGAUGGCAAUUGGGGUUUUGGGCGCGUUACAGCCGUUGAUGCACGCUUUGAGGUCUGAGAGUGAGCGAACUCGUCAUGACUCAGCUUUGGCUUUGUAUCAUUUGAGUCUAAUACAGAGUAACCGGGUCAAGCUAGUGAAACUCGGCGCUGUGCCUACACUGCUGAGCAUGGUGAAAACGGGUGACUUGGCGAGCAGGCUGUUGCUAAUUUUAUGCAAUUUAGCUGCUUGCAAUGAAGGGAGAUCAACAAUGCUGGACGAAAAUGCUGUGGCCAUAUUGGUGGGGAUGCUGAGAGAGGGAGGCGAUAAGCUAGACUCUGAAGCAACUCGGGAGAAUUGCGUGGCGGCAUUAUAUGCAUUGAGUCAUGGGAGCAUGAGAUUUAAAGGGCUAGCUAAGGAGGCGAGAUCAGUGGAGGUGUUGAGGGAGGUAGAAGAGAAAGGAAGCGAUAGAGCAAGAGAGAAAGCGAAGAAAAUUUUGCAGAUGAUGAGGGGGAGAGAUGAGGACGAGGAGGAAACUGACUGGGAAGGCGUAUUGGAAUCAGGUGGACUCAGCCGGAGUCGAUACCGGGUUGGUGGCGGGGCUAGGAAUGGGAAUUGCCCAAACUCGACAAAUUUCUAACCGUAAAAAGGUUUGUAAUUAUUCAUGUGAGAAGAAAACAUGGGGUUUUCACUUUUCAUUAUGAAGGUGUACAGAAAAGAUAGGGAAUGUUUGAGUUUUUGAUAUUUUUUUUGUUUUUUUUUCCCCUUUUUUGCUAAAUUAAAAUUUUUUUUUGGUUAAUUGGUUGUAUAUAGGGUUAUUAAGCUAUGAAAUGUGCAGUGAACGUAAAAUUGAAUUUUUGGUAGGGGUGGUUGAAGGAUUUUGGAUUUAGUUGGAGCAAUGUGCAUGGAAGAGCUGGAUUGUUGUCUUGUUUUAA